ACCACCAAAAGUAUGGUCCAGCAUACGACAAGUUUCCGAAUAUAAUCUUUUUGAACGGGUAUCUAAAAAAAACUAAUUUGAUUGGUGAAUACUAGCUACUAAUUUUUCACUGAAGUCAGACAAGAGGCUGUGCAGCAAGCUUUGGCUCAAGCGAUGCAGAACAGGCACAAACCUUCAAUGCCGAUGCCAUCGAAGAGAACGUCAGUGAUGGCGAGAAGUCCUGAUAGGGAUAGACAUGACUCCGCCGAAUCCUCAUCCGACGAAGACAGCCUGGCGACUGAAGAUCCGUUGGUGGGAGGCGCGCCGGAAGGCGGAGGCGGUACCCCUGAUCGACCCUCCCGCCACGGAGGCGGCGCCUUCCCCCCUCCACCUCCCUCGGACACCAGCAGCGCAGGAUCGCCGCCGCCCCCGCUGCCGGCCGCCCAUCGGCCGCAAAGGACGCAAAGGGAACAUUGGACCAGGGAGGGGAUCACGGAUAUAUCGCACAACUAUAGACCAUAUUCGCAACCUCCCGACGUAACCCACACCACAUCGACGCCAUCUAUGAGCGUCGGGCUGCGACCGUCGGCCGUAUUAAAUCAACGACCGGCCGCAGCAGAUCGCGUAAAUAGGUACGGCGGCGGCGGUACGGGGGAUACGGGAGACGGAAGCAGUACCGGCGGUACCGGAAGAUGGAAGGUGUCCGCGAAGAUCCAACAGUUGCUCAAUACGCUCAAGAGGCCGAAGAGGAGACCGUUGCCGGAAUUCUAUGAGGAUGACGACAUUGAGCUGGAGAUCGCGGCGAAUCCGAAGGACCCGAAUGCGCCGAAACCAGAAGGUAGCUGUAUGAGUCCAGCGGUAGGAGAACAAUUAGUGAUUCCCUCAGGACUACCUAGAAGUCUUGAAGCAGCUAUUACUAGAUACGGAAAUGCCACGUUUAAGGCUUCAGUCGCCACGGUGCUAGAUCCAAAUGGAAAAUUAUCAACUACAUUAACAUACGGUAAAUUAUUAAGUAGAUCGCACAAAAUAGCGUACGCACUGCUAACGAAGUCGUUUAGUAAAAACGGCGACACUAGUUUAAAAUCAGGUGAUAGAGUGGCUCUAGUCUACCCCAACAACGAUCCAAUCAAUUUUCUGUGUGCUUUCUACGGAUGCUUGCAAGCUGGAAUCGUCCCCGUUCCUAUAGAGGUUCCGAUAACAAGGCGAGAUGCAGGUUCUCUCCAAAUAGGUUUUCUAUUAGGCAGUUGUGCUGUGCAAGUGGCUUUAACAUCGGAGGCUUGUCUUAAAGGUUUACCUAAAACGACAUCCGGCGAAGUGAUACAAUUCAAAGGGUGGCCGAAACUGACUUGGUUCGUUACGGAACAUCUUGCGAAAACGCCCAAAGAUUGGCUACCUACACCAAGCAGACUGACAGAUGAAACGCCAGCAUACAUAGAAUACAGCACGGAUCGCGAUGGUUCCGUGAUGGGUGUGACCAUAACCAGAGCUGCCAUGGUACAGCAUUGUAGGAUGCUAACGAUGGCGUGCAACUAUACGGAAGGCGAGAAUAUGGUCUGCGUUCUAGACUUCAAACGAGAGGUGGGCCUGUGGCACUCUGUCCUCACCAGCGUGCUGAACGGCAUGCACGUCAUCUACAUUCCUUACGCUCUAAUGAAAGUGAACCCGGCCAGCUGGAUGCAAAUGAUCACAAAGCAUCGCGCAUGCGUGGCCGUCGUCAAAUCCAGGGACCUGCACUGGGGCCUAUUAGCCACGAAGGACCACAAGGACGUCAACUUGGGCUCGCUCAGGAUGCUUUUGGUGGCGGACGGAGCGAAUCCGUGGUCGUUGUCCUCCUGUGAUCAAUUCUUAUCAGUAUUCCAGUCUAAGGGUCUCCGGGCAGACGCGAUAUGCCCAUGUGCCAGUAGUAGUGAAGUAAUGACGGUAUCUGUUCGAAGACCGGGUAGGGGUGGUGUAAACGCGACAGGCAGGGGCGUACUGUCGAUGCAAGGUCUCAGUUAUGGAGUAGUAAGAGUGGACCAAGAGAACAGCCUCACGUCACUUACGUUGCAAGAUUGCGGACAAGUUAUGCCAGGAUGUGUGAUAGUAGUUGUAAAAAUGGAAGGCCCAGCGUACCUGUGCAAAACGGACGAAGUGGGCGAGAUCUGUGUAAAUUCAGGGGCGACAGGCACCCAAUAUUGGGGCCUGCAGGGCCUAAGUAACACCACCUUCCACGUUCAACCUUUAGGUUCGGACGGCAAACCUAUCUCAGACGCCGAAUAUACGAGGUCUGGCCUCUUAGGAUUUCUAGAGCCUGAAUUGACGUUGUCCUCAACCUGUGCAAUCGUUUCAGGACCUGGAGGCUUGGUGUUCGUAUGCGGUUCCAGGGACGGACUGAUGACGGUAACCGGAAGGAAGCACAACGCGGAUGACAUCAUCGCAACAGUGUUAGCGGUGGAGCCGAUGAAGUUCAUUUAUAGAGGAAGGAUAGCAGUGUUUUGUAUAAAAGUACUCAGGGACGAAAGGAUAUGCGUGAUUGCCGAGCAAAGGCCUGAUUGUAGUGAAGAAGAGUCAUUCCAAUGGAUGUCGCGCGUGUUGCAAGCCGUCGACAGCAUCCACCAAGUGGGCAUCUAUUGUCUGGCGCUGGUGCCCCCUAACUACCUGCCGAAGACCCCCUUAGGGGGCAUUCAUCUGUCAGAAACGAAACGACGCUUCCUGGAAGGCACCUUGCAUCCCGCCAACGUGCUUAUGUGCCCCCAUACGUGUGUGACGAACUUGCCCAAACCCCGAGAGGUGCAUUCUGGCUACAACAUAACCUGUGCGUUCCUUGUGCGUGUUUCAGCAAGCGACUGUGUUUCAGACGUGGGCCCGGCGUCUGUCAUCGUAGGAAAUUUGGUGCAAGGCAAUCGGUUGGCCAGCGCUCAAGGCCGGGAAAUAGGCGGAUUGAUGGAAGAAGGAGCCGGUGAUCAACAGUUCAUCGCCGAAAUCCUCCGCUGGCGCGCCCAAGGUACCUCGGACCACGUCCUCUUCACGCUUCUGAACAGCAAGGGCGCGGUGGCCAAGGCUCUAACCUGCUCGGAGCUGCACAAAAGGGCUGAACGCAUCGGCAGCCUUCUAGUGGAAAAAGGCAGAGUUAAUACCGGUGAUCACGUGGCGCUGAUCUUCCCUCCCGGAUUGGAUCUGGUGUGCGCUUUUUACGGAUGUUUGUAUGUAGGCGUGGUGCCCGUCACUAUCAGGCCUCCGCAUCCGCAAAAUUUGCAAACCACGCUGCCGACUGUUAGGAUGAUAGUGGAUGUUUCGAAAUCCGUACUGGUGCUUUCAACGCAGGCUGUGAUCAAGCUUCUUCGUUCUAAAGAGGCUAGUAAUGUAGUUGAUAUUAAAUCAUGGCCACUCAUAUUGGACACUGACGACAUGCCCAAGAAAAAACUGCCCAUGGCAUACAGGGCACCGACGGCAGAGAUGUUGGCCUACCUAGACUUCAGCGUUUCUACCACCGGCAUGUUAGCUGGCAUCAAAAUGUCUCAUGCAGCUGUGACGAAUCUUUGUAAAAGUAUGAAGCUAGCCUGUGAAUUAUACCCUAGCAGGCACAUAGCGCUGUGCUUGGAUCCGUACUGCGGACUUGGGUUUGCUUUAUGGUGUUUAAGCAGCAUAUACUCAGGCCACCACUCGAUAUUAAUACCCCCUUCAGAGGUCGAAGUCAACCCGGGUCUUUGGCUGAGCGCCGUGAGCCAAUACAAAGUCCGUGACACGUUCUGCUCGUACGGGGUGAUGGAACUGUGCACCAAGGGCCUGGGUUCUUCUGUCAACCAGCUGAAAUCACGCGGUAUCAACCUGGCUUGCGUCAGGACUUGUGUCGUUGUGGCAGAGGAAAGGCCAAGAAUCAACCUCACCACGAGUUUCUCGAAGUUGUUCAGCGCGAUAGGGCUCAGUCCUAGAGCGGUGUCGACGUCGUUCGGAUGCAGGGUCAACGUUGCUAUAUGUUUACAGGGGGCCUCAAGUCCUGAGCCCUCGUCGGUCUACGUAGACCUCCGAGCGCUGAGAAACGACCGGGUGAGUCUUGUAGAACGGGGCAGUCCUCACAGUCUGUGCCUGAUGGAAAGCGGAAAACUCCUUCCUGGCGUAAAAGUGAUCAUCGCAAAUCCCGAGACGAAAGGGCAGUGUGGGGAUUCCCACUUGGGAGAAAUCUGGGUGCAGAGUGGACAUAAUGCUAGCGGGUACUUCACUAUCUACGGGGACGAGAGCGAGUAUGGGGAUCAUUUCAAUGCCAGAUUGGUCACAGGCAACACGGGCGAAGUGUACGCGCGCACCGGCUACCUAGGCUUCCUGCGCCGUCUCGACGACUCUGGCCCCGAACGCGGCACGGGAGCCGGUCCACUCACCGCUGACGAAACGAUCCUCGUACCGUCACGUGACAGCGACGCGGAGUCGAUUGGCUCGGCGCAUCACGUGGCCGCUCUGCCGGCCACGCAAAGCGGAGCGGCGGGAGACGGCGGCCCGCCCGAGCUGCACGACGCCGUGUUCGUCGUUGGCGCGCUCGACGAGACUAUCGUGUUGAGGGGAAUGCGGUAUCAUCCAAUCGACAUCGAGAACAGUGUGUUGAGGUGUCACAAGAAGAUCGCCGAGUGUGCCGUAUUCACGUGGACCAACCUGCUGGUGGUAGUCGUAGAGCUCGACGGCAACGAGAGCGAAGCGUUAGAUCUCGUCCCCUUAGUAACGAACACGGUACUAGAAGAGCACCACCUGAUCGUAGGAGUGGUAGUAGUGGUGGACCCAGGGGUGGUACCGAUCAAUUCCAGAGGCGAAAAACAACGGAUGCACCUCAGGGACGGAUUCUUAGCUGACCAGUUAGACCCCAUCUACGUCGCGUACAAUAUGUAACGUAGACCAAACGGGAUGGUUAAGAGACGUGGUGUUGGAACUGAUAUGGUUGCGAGAAGUAUGUAACGCAGAGGAUAGGGCAGAAUUUGUGGAUGAUCUUACGGUUUCGUAUAGCAGGCAAGGCUCUAUAUCUAAGCGACCCUUAGCAGUUGAGUGGCGACCUUAAAUAAGCAUCUCAGUCGUUUCUUGAGGCCUCCUUGUUUUUUGCGUCCUAUACGAAAUUUUGCACUUAUUCUAAUAAACGAUUUGAAAACCGAGCAUUCUUGUGGGAAAUUUUCCAACAUGAUUUUAUUUCUAAAAUCGCAUUUGUUGGAUGCCUUUUAACGUUUUUUUGACUCUGAAUAAAAAAGGUCCUUUGUCACCCCCUCUAAAGUUAGCCUUCGAAUUACAGGAGAUUAAUUAAUUGUCAAAACAAAGUUCAAACCCUCCUCUCCAACACCUCGAAGAGUAUUUUUCGCUCGGUUUAUUUUGAAGCAUUGUUUUAACUGUUACUAAUGCUUCAAGGACCACGAGCAUGAUACGGCAAAUUAUUGAAGAUUGAUCAGAAUGAUAAAGAAAAAACGUUUUCUGGAGCGAAAAUAAAUGUUUUUGUAAUGUUAAAAAUGAUGAAUAAAAAUAUAGUUGGAAAAUUUGUCACGAGAAUGGUUGAUGAACAGAAACGACCAGAUCUAAAAAAUAUUACAAUUCUUACGCACUGAUAUGAUAUUGAUAAGGGCUAGACGAAACCUUGUUAUUGUGGCUUUUAUAUAACGAUUUUUAAUGACAAAAUUUUAGGUUGAAAAAUGCAGACGCAAAAGAAGUAGAUUUUUUAACCGACGUUUUGAUAUUCGUUUUUUUUGUUGUUGAAUUUUUUUUAAACAAGAACGGACUCAAUCUACUUUGAAAUGCAAAAAAAAAAUAAUGGAGAAUCCUCAAUUCGUCUUGUGUCAUAUUAUUUUCAGUUAUUUUAAGAUUUUGGAUAUUUCCGUUUGAUUUUUUCUAGAAACGACUCUUUUUAGAAAAAUAUUCUUAUCACAAAAAUAAUAAACAUAUAUUUGACUAUUUCUUAAUCAAUUUUUAUAUGAAACCUCAAUGAAUGCGUACAUAAUAUAAAUCAAAGCAGAGAUCUCAUGAAAAUCUGUGGUUUCAAAAAUAUAAAAAUUUAACCAAGUUGCAUCUCAAUUACUAAUUUAACGAAAAAUGAGGCAACUCUCGGAAAACCAAUUUGAUUUCUUUCAAAUUAUGCUCAAGAAAAAAAAAAUGUAUAUAUGAACAAUCAUAUGUGAGUAGAUUAGCAAUAUUACAUUCUCAGUUGUUUCCAAAAUUGAUAUUAGUCAAAAAAUUAUUUACAGGGACCAAUAACUUUCUACGGGGAGACUGGUUCGUAAACUAAAAAUCAUGUACAAGGGCUUCUUGAACGUUCGUAUCUAAAAUGUGGUGUUCAAUUAUGACAAAUUUCCUUGGAUCGCACAUUUUCCUUGAAAAUGUCAGAACGACAGAAACAACAGAAAAAAAUCAAGCUACUCUUUAUACUGAAUACACAACUACAGUUGUACUAUAUAGGACAACUAUAGUUGUUUGAUGUAAGUCUAGAUUUGGCUCAAUCGUUGGUGUAAUUGAUGUAAAGGCCUAAUACGGCUAUUUGUUCAUUUCGACUUGCUUCUGAGAUAUAGUGCAACGUAAUUUCCAUCUUAUUUUAGUUUUAUACCGAGUCGACUAUUAUUUUCUCAAUUUACGAUGUUUGUAGGGUAUACUUCUUUGCCAUAAUAUCACCUUAAACUUCGUGAUCAUGAGUAGGAGCAAGUGUAACCUCUUUAAUAGUCACACAGAUUGAAAUGAAGUAGCUUUCUCUUGAGACCUCGUAUUUGUGAAUUGGUGACGUUUCCGUAAAUUUUUGACAACAAUAGGGCUGCUAUACAUAAUUUUCAAAAUGUAUUUUGACGCAGGCUCUAUAUGACAUUUUAAUAACGUUCUUUUAUGACGUUUUUGAAACCCCCAAAAAAAUCACAGAGAAACUUUUUGUAACUUUUACUAUAUGUUUUACUUUUUGAAAUACGCGCAAAAAACUGAAAAUUGUUUUGGAGACUGAACAUUUUGGUGUUUCUCCCCAGCUCGUUUUGGGAUGAACCAUUAUAAAGAAAGUAAUCAACAAAAUUCAAAGCAUAUAACUUGGAAGUUCUUGAUAUUCUGUAUGAUUGCUUAUUUUGACUUGCUAUAAGUUUUUUGGGAGUUUCACAGACUCUGAAUAACAGUACUCUAGUCUCAUUUAAAUGAAUAUAUAUUGGGCUGCUAAGUAUUUUUUAUUUGUGAAGGUUGUGUUUCGCCCUUAGUGUUUAAAAUGUCUUAGUUAAUUUUUAUCUCAUGUUUUUAUACAGUUGAAUUUUUUAAAUUAUAUUCUGUGUAUUUAUGAAAACGUUCUGACGCGGUCAUUCUUCAGUAAAUCUUCGCCGUAAUAUUUUUUGUAAAUACCUAGUAUUUUAUUUGUUAUAAGCAUCAGUCCUUUUUCACACGUUAUUCUCAUCACGCCGAAUGCUUACAAAGUGUUACAUAGCAUAAUGGUAAUUCGUGUAGAGCCCCUUUUAUGUAUUUUGUAGUGAAACAGGACUAAGUGCACAAAAUUCUGUUUAUAUACAGAGUAUGACAAUAGCUUAAUUUUGUUGUACAUAUAAUGUAGCGUAUUAAACCUAGUAACUACACAUUUGAAUAUUCUUUUUUCUUAGUGAUGUAAAAGAAUAACUACGUAAAUUGUGGACACAGUUGCAAAUGAAUAAAUGUAUCUUUAUAA